AUGAAGAAAAUUCUCUGUGAUUUUCGGUUCCUCCUAUUUCUCGCUGCUGCGGCGUUCAUCUAUAUCCAGAUGCGGCUUUUCGCGACGCAAUCACAGUAUGCUGAUCGUCUUGCCGAUGCGAUAGAGUCGGAGGACCAAUGUACAUCUCAAUUGAGAACACUAAUUGAUCAAAUAAGCUUGCAACAAGGACAAAUUGUUUCCCUAGAAGAAGAAAAGCAACGGCUAGAGCAAGAGUGUGGACAACUGAAGGUCCUUGUUCAAGAACUUGAAAGGAAAGGCCUAGGUAGGCUGAUUGACAAAGAACAGGUGCCAGUGGCAGCAGUUGUAAUUAUGGCAUGCAAUCGUGCUGAUUAUCUGGAAAGAACUGUUAAGUCAGUUUUAAAAUAUCAGAGUUCUGUUGCUUCAAAGUUUCCUCUAUUUGUCUCCCAGGAUGGAUCGCAUCCAGCUGUCAAAGAGAAGGCUUUGAGCUUCGAUCAGCUUACCUAUAUGCAGCAUUUGGAUUAUGAACCAGUUCAUACUGAAAGACCUGGGGAGUUGAUUGCGUACUACAAAAUUGCACGUCAUUACAAAUGGGCAUUGGAUGGAUUGUUCUACAAGCAUAACUUCAGCCGAGUAAUCAUACUCGAAGAUGAUAUGGAAAUUGCUCCUGAUUUUUUCGAUUACUUUGAGUCGACAGCUGCUCUCCUUGACAAGGAUAAGUCUAUCAUGGCUGUUUCCUCGUGGAAUGACAACGGGCAAAAGCAGUUUGUGCAUGAUCCUACAAAUAUGCUUGUUUUUGUGGGAGGAGUGAUGCUUAUUUGGAAGUACUUUAUAGGUCGGAUUUCUUUCCUGGACUUGGGUGGAUGCUGGCUAGAUCCACAUGGGAUGAGCUAUCACCAAAGUGGCCAAAGGCAUAUCCUUGUUGCUGUAGGUUCUAGUCUGGGGCAAUUUUUCAAACAAUAUCUUGAGCCAAUCAAGCUGAAUGAUGUCCUGGUUGACUGGAAAUCAAUGGAUUUGAACUACCUGAUGGAGGACAAGUAUAUAAAGCACUUUGCUGAUAUUGUGAAAAAGGCUAAACCCAUUCGUGGAACAGAUCUUGUACUAAAGGCACGUAACAUUGGUGGUGAUGUUCGCAUACAGUACAAUGACCAGCCAGACUUUGAACGCAUUGCACGUCAAUUUGGUAUUUUUGAAGAGUGGAAGGAUGGUGUACCAAGGACAGCAUAUAAAGGAAUAGUUGUUUUCCGAUAUCAAAUCCCACAACGUAUAUUCCUUGUUGGUCCAGGUUCUCUCGUGCACCUUGGAGUUAACGAUUCUUGA